GUCUAAUUGGAUUACAAUGGCGGCUAUGUCCCCGUCUGAGCGGAGAUUACAGAAAGAACUUAUGUCCCUGAUGAAGGAACCACCACCAGGAGUCACCGUAGACGGAGAUCAGGCCAGCCAAAAUCUAACACUGUGGACAGUACACAUGGAAGGUGUUCCCGGCACUCUAUAUGAAGGCGAAAAAUUUGUAUUGCAGUUUAAAUUCACAAACAAGUACCCAUUCGACUCUCCUGAAGUAACGUUCAUAGGCAACAACAUACCGAUCCACCCGCACGUGUACUCCAACGGACACAUUUGCCUGUCGAUACUGACGGACGACUGGUCGCCGGCGCUGUCCGUGCAGUCUGUCUGUCUGUCCAUCGUGUCCAUGCUCAGUAGCUGUAAGGAGAAGAAACGGCCACCGGAUAACUCAUUUUACGUUAAGACCUGCAACAAAAAUCCUAAGAAAACGAAAUGGUGGUAUCACGAUGACUCCGUCUAACAAAACACCGCGUCGCUGUAUCGAGCAUGGACGAUAAAUCUCAGUAUGUGUUAAGUGUUAUACUAUACGGUAUGUUAUUGUAAAAUGUUAUGUACAUACGACGCGACACGCUCGACACCGGCCGGGACGCGCGGGGCGCGCCGCGGCUUGCAGUGAGGCGGCGAGCUGGCGAGCUCGCUUACCUGGCGACUCUAAAUUACCGAGUAACAUGAAGCUGGGACAUAUUGAACAAACUGAUUUGGGUAAAUACAUACAUAGUACAAUUUACUAUCAGCUCAACUACAACUAGCUGGCUACUCGUGUCUAACGAACUUGUGUAUAUGUUUGUGUCACAUUAAUUACAUGUCCGGCCUCUCGGAGUAUGAUGCCAUCUGAUUAUUUUUGUAAAACAAAUUAGUACAUUGUGACGGCUAAUGAUUUGUAACACUCGCUGUUGUUAUACUCAGUUUACCCAGAUUGUUCAAUGACGCGGGCGUAAGACUGCGACAGCUCCCUGCAUGGGAAGCAUACACUUGGUUGUCCAAAUCACGUUAUAAUGGUGUAUGGCAUCAAUCUUAUGAAUAAUAUGAAUUGUGAACGAAUUGGGAGUGAGGAGUGCGUGCGCACUAGACCAAGGCAAGGCACGCGGCGAGCGGACCUACGUCACUACCGGAUAGUUCGUCAGUGCUAAAUUAACGAUAUACUGUAAGUAGAGUAAUAGGGUAUCAAAUGAUUAUGUACCGCAUACCGGAGUCUUGUUCACGCAUCACUCAUCCUUUGUUUACUUGUAUAUAAAUUUGUAUUUUUACUAUUGUGAUUUACGAAGCUGAUUGCAGGCUACUCCGUACUCACGCUAUGCCACUUUAUCGGUUUGGACGGCAUUUUCAUGUCCCUGAGGCUUCACAAGCAUUUACUUUAAUUAACCAAAAGCGUUCAACACCAUUUUUAGCUUUUUAACUUACAUUUCUGCAAAUGCUUCGGGAAUUUUAGUCAAAAACAUCUGUUCAUAUUAUGUAGUUGACUAUUUAGCCAGUCGUAUAAUUUUCAUAGGGUAUUUUGUG